AUCGCAAAACAUAACCAAGACACGAGAAAAUCCCCGCCUAGAUGGUUCAUAUAUCACCAAAAUUGUAUGACCACUCCGGUAGCGGCGAUGGCUUCUGCCCAAAGCGGUUUACGCACAGCUUGAUAAUCUCCGUAGCGUCUAUUAUUGCUCUGUGCAAGAAACAAGCCAUCCAAGCCUCGAUCAAGCUGAAGCCUAAAGCAGGGCUAGCGGGCAAGCCGAAGCGGCUAUUGAAUCAAAUAAGCAACAAGACCAUGACUCUGAUGCACCACAAGAAAAGGAACGGUCAUGAUCGAGGGUUGGAUAUAGCAGCGCCAGAUGAUUUCGGGGACGGUGGGGUCUGGCAGAGGGAGAUCCUGAUGGGGGACAAGUGUCAGCCGUUGGAUUUCUCGGGUGUAAUUUAUUAUGAUAGUACCGGGAAGGCACUUACGGAGGUUCCUCCACGGUCACCGCGGACGAGUCCCCUGCCGGCGUACCUGACGCGCGUGUAGUGAAGAGAUAAAAAGGUAAAGCCAAGCGAGACAGUGCAAUUUUUGGUACUUUUAACUUUUAAUGGUUGGUGUUUUUUUUUUAUCUCAUCACUCAUAAGUAUUAUAGUUCCGUGUUUUUUAUCUCAACUAUUUCAAAUGUUAAGAUUGACACAUACGAUUUCAUAUGGAUCAUGUGCAAUACGUAGAGCCUAUGAUUUCAUAUGUAUCAUGUAUUUCCAUCUUAUCGGUUGGAAUAAUUAGGACAAAAAAUAAUCGAGAUUUUUAGCAUUUUCCGUUGAAGAUUAUGUUGUAACUUGUAAGUUGUGCUUAAUAAGGUUGUGCUCUGCUCCUAAAACAUGAGUUCCUAUCCAAAUUUCCCAUC